AUGCCACCCUUGACAACUAAUUAUCGAAACUCUCUGAGCGAAAUGGAUGGGAAUCAUCAUCAAAAUUCGAUCGCAGACGCUCAUCCUGAUGACAGUUUGGAAUCUUUCACGUGCAAGUCCAGAUAUAAUCUAGAGUUCUCAGAGUGUUCGCCCGGAUAUCAUUGUUAUGAUGGCGACAUAGGAGGGCUAUUAUUUCAUCUGAAAAGAGGAUGCAAUACCCGUGCUCUUUAUCCCUACCAGAAGUCAACUACUCUUCUACCUCUGAUCGCAGUUCAGGAGCUCCCUGUAAAAAAGAUAAUUCCAAUUCUGAACUUGUUGGAAAGAUACGGAUUCAACCUUCAUGAUAGGGAUCCGCAGGAAAACCGCAGUGUAUUUCUUGAAUCAAGCUCUCGUUUGAUGAGACGAGAUAAGAAAUUUGCUGCCGAUUUCCCAGAUUUAGUCGACUGGUUCCUUAUGAAUAAGGAUUUCGACGUGAAUGAACAAGAUGAUGAAGGUUGGACCUCUUUACAUUUCGCCACAGAAAUGAAGCACAAAGAAUUCAUCAAACCGAUCCUCAAAAAAUUUUUCCAAUGGGGUGCCAACGCAAGGUUAGAGGACAUCCGUCAACUCAACAUCUUAGGAUGUCUCGUACAAAAGCAUGAUUUAGACUUCAUUCAAUCACUGAUAAACGCAAUUCCUGAACUUCAGGAUCCUGAAGUGAUUAGGAGAGCGAUUCCCAAAACGGGCUAUCUGAGUCCGAAACGAUUUUAUUUGUCCUCGUGGACUUCUCACUGA